AUGCGUUUCUUUGUAAUAAUCUUUUAGCCAAAGACGCUCUCUCUAGCUUUAGCUACCACUUUCUCUCAAAGAAUAAUUAAAGCUCUCCUCCAUUUCCCAUAAAAAUUGCAGAGUAGAGAGUAGAGACACCACCAGGAUAUGAUAAAAGCAGCGAAGAAGCUCAAGAAGUUCUGGCCAAGAAAGAAGAAGAGGAAGAAGACCCUUCAAUAUCAUGAACCCUAUUACCACCAUCCACCCUCAUCAUGUCAUUGUUGCUGCUCUUACCCUACCGCACCAACUCAACCCUCAGCUCCGCCAUUGCCACCAUGGCUCGAGCCUGAACUGACCUACGAGGCCGUUUCUGCACCUGGGCUGCAGUCCUUACCUGAGCUGGCCCAUUCAAGUCAAAUCCAAGUUCCAUCACAAGAAAUUGUUAUGGAAACAACUCCCAUUUAUCCAACAUUGCCGUCAUAUCAGCAAUAUCUGGUUCCAAAUCCUGUUUAUGGAGUGCCUGUUGAGCAGAAGCCAAGAAGAGAGAAGUCAACUGGGUUUUUCGGAUGUUUUGUCGACUUCUGUGCCAAUCUAAUCAGUUGCUUCUGUCCAUGUUUUCGCAUUCAGGAAAAAAGUGAGUUCUUAGUGGCUUGAAGCCCGUAAAAGAUCCAUCCAUAUACACGCAAUUUUCUUAAAUUUUUUUUUCACAUUUCAAGAUCUAGUGGAUGCUGUUGUAAUUAGAUUUUAAAGCUACUGAAAUAACAUUUGUAAUGCAAUCUGCCGUUAUUAUUAUUAUUAUUAUUAUUAUCAUCAUC